ACGUCUCUUUCUAUCUCUAACACAAACACACACUUUUGAUACAUAUAACUCUUUCAGAAACAAACAUACAGAUUACAGAAGUUGAACAUCAUGGGAAGAUCACCUUGUUGUGAGAAGAAUGGUUUAAAGAAAGGUCCAUGGACUGCAGAAGAAGAUCAGAAACUUAUUGAUUAUAUUCAAAAGAAUGGUUAUGGAAACUGGAGAACUCUCCCCGCGAAUGCUGGGUUACAGAGGUGCGGAAAGAGUUGUAGGUUAAGAUGGACGAAUUAUCUUAGACCCGAUAUUAAAAGAGGAAGGUUCUCUUUUGAAGAAGAGGAGACAAUUAUUCAAAUGCAUAGUGUGUUGGGGAACAAGUGGUCGGCUAUUGCAGCUCGUUUACCAGGAAGAACUGAUAACGAAAUCAAAAAUUACUGGAACACUAAUAUUAGGAAAAAACUUCUUCGUAUGGGAAUUGAUCCAGUCACGCACAAACCUCGACUUGAUCUUCUAGAUGUGUCAUCUAUUUUGAGCUCGUCCUUUUAUAGCUCGCCUAGCACGAGCAUGUUCAGGGUUCAACCAGUGGUGAACCCUCACUUGUUGAGGAUAGCAGCUUCACUGCUAUCGACUCAAAACAAUCAAAACCUUAACUUGGUUCACCAAAAUGGUCAAGAAAACCAAUUUGGUUAUCCUCAUCAAGUUCAAGAUAACGGUCUAGUCCAACUUCAAAACCAAGUUCACCAAACCCUAAUUCAAGAAAUUCCUAGUUGUGCCCCAUUGCAUAACUCUCAUUAUGCUCCAUUUACUAGUGAUUCUGCCCAACUCAUGGAACCCAAUGUAGAUCAACUUCCUUCAAGUCUUUCUCGUUUUGACCAACAAAACGAUUGGAUAAACGAUCUUGACAACUUUGUAGCAAACGAAGGUUACCAACAACAGUUUAUCGAUCCUCAGUCGAAUUUGACUUCAAGCGCUUUUGACGUCCCCUCACAUUUACCUAAUCUAUCGACUCCUUCAUCAAGUCCGGUUUCACUAUACACAAACUCAAAUACGACUAGUUAUAUCAACGGAAGCAGCACAGAAGAUGAUAGAGAAAUAAGCAACUAUAGCAACUUGUUCAAAUAUGAAUAUCAAGAAAUCUUGGAUCCUUCUGUUUUUAUGUAAUUUUAUGAAUAUAUUGUUAUUUGGAUCUUAGUACAUGAUCAUAUAUAAUCUAGAAGUUCUUUUCUUUUUUAA